UAUUUUAUGUUGUGGUUGUAGUUUUAUCGAUCUUCACCGAUGGGUCUUGUUAUAUCUGUCUGUUAAGGAGCAUAAACUAUAUGUCGCUUUAUACCGACGGGUGACAGUGUCAGUUCUUUCAUAAAUAUAUGUAAAUGUUCCAGUAGGUCUCGAACCAUUCUCUAGAUGUCCUAGGCGAUGUCUGCAUGCAUUUCGUUACAGUGUCGGCAAUUCUUUUACGUUUUAUUCUAAUAAAACCUCGCUGAAAGUAAAUACGUCACGAUGAAGAGAGCGGUGAACCCACGUCGAUCAGUUGCUCUCGGCCUGAAAACCUGCCAGAAAGACCAGAUGAAACGGCCUUCCGGUUUGCAUUACGGCGAUCAAUUGGACGCUGAUUCGUUAGCAGGAGACGAAGAACCGGAAUUCAAGAUAGGCAUUCCCGGCUCUCGAGCUCUUUUUGGGAAAACGACCCAUCCAUUACGACGAGUCUUCUGGAUCUUGUUGACUCUUGUCUUCUUCUUUUUGGCUGCUGUCCAAGUUCAGGAUCGAAUCGACUACUAUGUGAAGACGCCCACACGCAAAGACUUGGUCAUUAUUAACAAUGAUACUCUCAUCUUCCCUCACGUAACUAUAUGUUUUGGACCGGGCAGAACUUUCAAUUAUUCAGCCAUGGAGGCAAUGCGUCAAAAUGCCUCACUUGCAAUGGGAAUUAACCCGAAUGACGUCCAAAUGCCGUACGACCUUCUCUCGCUGACGACACUGACCACCUUGUGGAACGAAAUCGGACACGACAUUGGCGUCAUGUUCGAAACUGGGUCCUCAAAAUGUUGGUUCGGUCGCGGGAAACCGUGUAAGGAAGUUGGCGAAUGGCGCCAGCUCCAUACCGUUCUAGGUCCGUGUUCUUCCUUCCACGUUCGACAUCCUGUUAAAGAGACUGGCCUCUUUAACGGCCUCUACAUGCAAAUGGAGACAAACGCCCCAUCUGAUUCCUGGAUUUACUUUAUUCAUCCAGCCAACAUCGAUCCGGCAUUGAAGUUUUACGACGAGAAACAUUACGAACUUCUUAAUACAAACAACGACGUUAAAAUCCGUUUCUAUCAGGCAUUGAAUGAGAAGUUGGUAAACGUCUGGCACCAUCCAUGCGAAGACGCCGUCGACUACUCGAUUGAGAACUGUGAACUUGAAUGCUUCAGUGAGCAACUAGUCCGUCGGUCUGGCUGCCAACUGCCUUUCAUGAAAUUGGCCAAUUCAUCACAGUUACACAGCAGAGAGACUUAUCCGACGUGCAACACGUCGGCUUCUUAUCGCAUCGCUGACGAGGAACUGCGGCUGAUGCUUAGUGGCGACGAUACUCGAUGGAAUCGAUCCAGUUGCAACUGCAAGCCUCCGUGCCACACUACUUAUUACCAAAUCGAUAAAGAGAAAGUGGUGGCCGACAUCAGACCCGAACGACUUCGGUUACGGAUCUUCUUUCAGGAUAAAACAUACGAGAAACUCACGGAGAGUCUAGUCUACAGCCUGACAACUCUCUUUUGCGACAUUGGCAAUUCAAUCGGCCUGCUGCUGGGAGCCAGUGUUUUGACGGUAUGCGAAACGUUGGAAUGGGGAUGUUUCCGGCUCAUCCGUUGUUUAAUGUCAGUGACGGCCGGUGCGGGACGAGCAAAUAAAUCACAAAAGGUCCAUCCUUGUCCCAUACCGUCAGCUGGUUAGAUGCGUCUAGCCGAAUGUGAAGAAGAAACAAGCCAACUUCCUUGUAGUAAGAAGUAUGAUAAUACGCUUUACAGUUGGCAAACAUAAUCGAAUUGGAAAUAAUUGUUGUACGUUUGUACUGGUAAUAUUGAAUGCCCAAAUAAAUAUA